AUGCCAGACAUAGCACCAGAAAGGAAAUGCAAGAUUUCGGCCUCUCGAAAGCUCUCUUUGAAGAUCCUCUUGCUGACUCGUGCAACGGAACAGCUGGAGGCAGAGAAGGCUGCAAGAGAGGAAGAGAAGGUUCGCUACCUGGGAGAGAAGCUUCCACCGUUGCAGCUUACUGGUUUAAACAUGGACGAAAUGCAGAAAUUGUGUAAACAGAUCCAUGCAAAGAUUGAUAAGGUGGAUGAGGAGCGGUACGAUUAUGAGGCCAAAGUCAUCAAGAACAACAGAGAUAUCAAUGAAUUGAAUCUAAAGGUGCAGGACCUUGGAGGGAAGUUCAAGAAGCCAGCUCUGAGGAAGGUGAGAGUGUCAGCAGAUGAGAUGUUGAAGGCUCUCUUUGGAUCCAAAAACAAGGGCUCCAUGGACCUGAGGGCAAACCUCAAGUCUGUAAAGAAAGAGGAUAUCAAACAAGAAAAGGAGCUGACCUUGGAGGUGGGUGACUGGCGUAAGAAUGUGGAGGCCAUGUCUGGUAUGGAGGGCAGGAAGAAGAUGUUUGAUGCAUGAUCUUAUAUAGUAAGAACCAAAUUCAAAUUGAAAUAGUAUAACAAAAUGCACAAUUUAAAAGAAUUGAAAAACAAAAGAAGAAAAUGACAGUAUGCCUUGAAGGCUCAUGUUUGAUGAAGCUCAGCAGUGAAAUAUAAAGAGUAGAGUGACUGUAGGUUUGCCUCACAACAGUACUUUGUGCACAAAAAUCAGUCUUUGUCAGUCUUUUAUUCUGCGUUUAGAAGCUGUUUUGGUAAGAGUGUAAUA